AUGCUCAUAGCCCGCGUGCGGCGCUCCCGCCAAGUCAAGUGCAGUCAAGUCACCUUAGCUCACGUCGCCCACGCCGCCCUCGCCGUCGUCACCGUCGGCAUCGUCGUCCAGAGAUUGACACGCACGCGCCCGCGCCCGACGCCGUCGGCCCCCAACCCCGAAUCCGAAUUCGCAAUAAAAAAACCCCCGCAACGAAAAUCGAGUCGCACAGGGGCGUUCCAAGCGCGCUCCACCGACGUCGAGCGUCGGAUCGUCAAGCCCGGCGCGAAUCGACGCCGCGGCACGCUGCGCGAUGGGCCUCCCGAGCAGCGUGGUCACCUGUGGUCGCUUGCUUGCUGCCCACUCGAGCCCCUUUCCACGGGCUCACCCAGCUCGGCUCUCCCGAGGAACAACCCUCACGCCCCGGCGCCGAGCGGCACGCCCGAGCUGGGCCCUCCGCCGCUCGGGGAGCGCGAGAGCCCGCACCGCGGUGCUGCUUACAUUUAUUCGAGCCAGACGCCACCCGUAGAACCACCCUGA